AGAUACACCGUUGGUUUAUUCGUCUGCCGACCAUAGCAGCGAUAAGUCAGCCCGUCGUGUCUCUCUCCGAGGCCGGAUGGUAAAAUCCAACCUCCAGCGGAUCCUAAACAGUCAUUGCUUUGCUCGCGAAAAAGAAGGAAAACAGCAGUAUAUUACUACAAUGGCGGAUUUAAGUAGUAGUAUUUGUGACAUGAUUGGCAACCUGUCCCUCCACUGCAGUAGUACCCUGGGUCCGGUGCCUCUGUCGUGCUCCGAUGACCCUCUCCCACCUCUGAAGAUCCCAGGUGGGCGAGGGAAUGGUCAACGGGAUCACACUCCUUCAGCUCGGACACUUUACGCAGACAGGAAGUUGACGGUGUGGGAGGAGCCUCCGGGGAGCGGUCGGCCCGGGAUACUCCACUUCCAGAGCCGGCCCACAGCUUCCAGGGUGGUCCAGUGGGCCGCGGUGCUGAGUGGCAGCGCCCUGUACGUGGAGAUCCCUCUGGAACCUCUCCCUGAGGGCAGUAAGGAGAGUUUUGCAGCUCUCCUGGAGUACGCUGAAGAACACCUGAAAGUUGUCAGCGUCUUUGUCUGCUUCUACAAGACCCGAGAUGACAGAGCCAAGCUGUUGCGUACGUUCAGCUUCCUGGGCUUUGAGAUGGUGAAACCUGGCCACGCCCUCGUCCCACCGCGCCCCGACGUCCUCUUCAUGGCCUACACUUUCGACAGGGACUCCUCCUCUGACGAGGAGUAGAAACCUGGCGACCCCCCCCUCCCUCCCUCAUCCUACCUUCACUGCCCCCAUCCCCUAUUGGCUCCCCAUAUCUAGACACCAACUACCCCGACAUUUAACCACCCCAAAGCUCCCGCCUCUCCUCCCGACCCAAGUGCUUAAACAUCCCUCUCUGCUUUUCUUUCCCAGGACUAGUUUAGACUGCCGUGUUAUUCUGUUUUCAUGUGUGGCUGGAUCUGUCUCUUAUCUGUUGAUUUGGCUGUUAUUCUAGGUUAUUGGUAUCUUUCAGACAGUUAAAUAGAGGGAGCUGUUGUUUUUGACUUAUGAGCAUAUUGCAAUUCUCAUAUCUACCAAUCAUUGUCUUGUUUUGUUUGUUUCAUUUGUUAUUCCGAGAUUUUAGUUUGUUUUUGAUGAAAGACAGAGGAGGAUGUUUUCUUUAUUUCUUGAAUGUACAACAAGGUCAUCAGGUUUACGCAUGGGUACUCCAGCUUAAAUUUCAUUGGCUAAAAACUUUUGUCAAAAGAGCCCCUCCCCUAAUUUUAGAUUAACCGGUGUUCUAAUGGAAUCAAUUUGAUAAUGAGCGCUAAUAUCGUUUUUCAUAGGCAUAAAACAUGGUUAUUGUGAUAUGAGUAUUUGUUAAUUGCUUUUCAGCAACAUACCCAAUAUUUGGUACUUUAUAGCUGGUUGUUGACCCUAGUUUAUCAGAGUGAGUCAGAGGGCACAGGUGAAUGCUGUUGUUUCACUGUUAGGGUUCUUCAAUUUGAAUUAAUUAUAUAAUCAUAACGGGGUUGAAUUUGGUACAAAGCUAAAAGAAAAUAUAUACUUACAUAUAUAUAUGUAAGUUGGGAAGAUCCAAAGUGGGUUUAUUUAGCUUUUUUCUUGUCACAUAUCUGACAUUGUAGUAGCAUCAGCUUUUCUUUGUUUUUGUUGAGAAAUACAACUAUUGCUGUGAUGUUCUGAUCAGAUUUUGGACUAGCAUUCCUUUAAAAAUACAGUUUCUGUUUUUCAUAUUGAUGUUCACCUGCAUAGUGGUACCUGUUGUGCUUCUGUGAUAAUAAAAAUCUGAAAAGUAAA